AUGGUCAGCAGUCCCUUUAUUUUGCAGAUGCUCACGCUGCUGAUGGUAGUCGUUACUGCUCACAGUGAGAAACGGGCUGCAAUUUUGGCCAGGAGGAUGGUUAAUUUACAAUCGAGCUUACAUUUCAAUUCAUUAAGAUCUGACGAUAUUCCAAUCUCAAUGGCCGAGUAUUACGUGGCUUCAGAUACCUGUAGUGACGUGGAAGGUUUAUCUAACAAUGGUGAUCCCAUCUUACUAUUGAGCAAAAUGAGUACCUCCUAUAAGAACUGGCAUAAUAACGGAACUAUCUCUGUGACUAUAGAGAAGCCAAAAAUGGGCCAUUUCGAUGGUAUUAUGGGUAAGCCUAGGGGUAUUUUCUUUGGCAAAUUGAGAGAGUUGCAUCUAUCUCAUGAAAAUGCCAAACGUUUGGCCGGUCACUUCCUAAUAAGACAUCCUGAUGCCCGUCACUGGCUGCCAGAUGACCAUGAAUCGCACGUUCACGAUACCAGGUGGUUCGAAUUCGAGGUACAGUCCGUUUAUUUCGUUGGUGGCUUUGGUGACAGGUCAUUCAUCGGCAAUAUCUCUGGGAAUGUUUACCAUCAGGACUUGAGAGAUGACGAGUCGUAUCCAUGUCAUGAGGUAAACUUGCAAGAUGCUUUACCCAAAGAGGUUGAGGGUGGAUCUCGCUCAUUGUCCCAACAAUCUUCGUUUGACGGAUUCUUCCAAUUGAUUAAGACACUUAUUAUGAACUAUUAG